AUGACGCAUCUGAAAUUCGUCUCGCAUAGCGAAUGUAUGAACUCUGCCAAAAUUCGUCCGGGUCUCGUUCUUUUGCAUGGCCAGGUGAGUUAAGAUUUAGUGCCUUUUUUCCGCUGCUGUCAUUGUCUUUGUGCUGUUCAAUGAGCCAGAUGACUUAAUAGAUGUAUUUUUCUUUUUGUAGGAAGACAACAAUACGCGUAAUAUUGCUCUUGUUCGCAAAGGCGAAGCUAAAGGCGUACCAAUGAGCCGAAGAGAUCGAAAAUGAGAAGGAUCCCGUCAAAGACAAUCUCUUGUGCGCCGCUGUUAUUCAGACACAACUUCAGACAACCCCAGCAUACCUACCUCCGCUGAAGGAGCCCAAGCAUUUAAGAUUGGACGUAAGCACUUCAAAUUCAGUAGCAAAACCCACUCAGCAGCUUCAAGACUUACAUAAGUCCCCUAGUGAAGGUGAAAAGACCUGAUCAGGAAAUCUCCAAAGGGAUCGAGUUCAACUUCAAGACUCAUCAUCAAACGCUGAUAAAACCGCCGACAUUGUUACUGCAGCAGUGGACAUAUUCAGCUUAAGUCGCCUCCCAACACCCGAGCCAACUAUCUUCUAUGCUCUUAUACUGUGAAAGGUUUGAACCCAGAAGGAGUCAUUUUAUAAGUACGUUGAGUUUGAAUGCCUGGGUUAUCGUAGUCCUGAAUAGGAAUGCUGUUGUUGACAGUGACUGACGUUUCGACAACCAGUGCAGUUAACUCAUCUUCAGAGUCACAUGUACAGUGACUUGUAUCACGUCAGUUGAUGGUAUACUCUGGUUAUUGACCUGAUUGGUCAAUAAUUUUAUACCAUCAACGGACGUGGUACAACUCCCUUUGACUCUGAAGAUCACUUCUAUAUGCUCUUAUACACCGAAAAAACCUACCAUUAAGCGACAAGAUGUAUUAUUUGAAACGAUACGUUAGUGGAUCUGCCAAGCAAGCAAUAAGCAGAUUACAGUCGACUCUCUCUUAACGGACACCUCUAUAAGACGGACACCUCUAUAAAACGGACACCUAGAGUUGGUCCCUGCCUUUGUUUACAGUCGACUCUCUCUUAAGGGACACCUCUAUAAGACGGACACCUCUGUAAAACGGACACCUAGAGUUGGUUCCUGCCUUUGUUUAUUCCCUUUAUUUGACUCUUUAUAAGACGGACAUCUCUCUAAGACGGACACUUAGAGCCGGUCCCAGAGGUGUCCGUCUUGGAGAGAGUUGACUGUAGAUCGGAAGCUUACAAACAAGCAUGGAGCAUUCUGGACGACAGAUUUGGUCUCCUAUUUACAGUAACUAAAGCGUACAGAGACAAGCUACAAAGAUGGCCAAAGAUUGGUGCUAAGGAUCAUCAAGGCCUCAGAGGAUUCGCUGAUUUUCAACAAGUGUAGAAACGUGCAAUGCAAACAGUAAAGGAUCUAUAACCAUCUUAAAUGAAUAUAUGGAAAAACAGAAGUUACUUGCCAAGUUACCAGACUGGCUUAUCUCCCGAUGGAACAGAGAGGCCACAAGGGAAAUGAAAGAACAAAAGAGAUAUCCAGAUUUCAAGACCUUCACGGCCUUUGUUCCCAGGUGACCUGCAUGCUCUUGAGACGACUUUCUUGUAUUUGUGUACUGCUUACUAACUAAAGACUUUUUAGAAAAAAAGUAUUGUGUUCAAAUAACAGCUUUGAUCUUUAAGAAUAUUUUAUUUUGUUAUUACUGUUGUAUUAUGAUUAUUUUUAAUCAAUAAAUACGUUAAUUAAUUAAUUUCUUUAUUUUUGCAUUUUGUACUGUAGUGUAAUUAAUGUCAUUAGUCUGCUACUGUUGUUAAAUAAAUAAAGAUUCGAGGGAACCUGAACGAUCAUCUACUCAACGGACCUGACCUAAAUAACAAUUUGACGGGCGUACUCUGCAGAUUCAGACGAUAUCCUUAAGCUCUUACUUGCAAUGAUUCCUUUAGUGGCCUAAUGGUGAAACAAAGCAAGAGCCCAAGGAAUACAAAAUGAAAAUGCAUUUGUUUGGGGCAACUUCUUCGCCUGGUCGGGCCAGCUAUGGUUUAAAUACAUGGCUAGUCAAGGGAAAGAAGCGUACCCUCCCCUUCAGCAAUAGUUCAUUACUCGUGAUUUCUACGUAGAUGACGGAUUACCCUGCAUUGAGUCCAAUGAGCAAGCAAAGGACCUCAUCCGAGGAGCUUGUGAAAUUUGCAAGAAGGGUAGCCUUCGUCUUCACAAAUUUAUAGCAACCGAUCGCAAAGUGCUCGAAUCAGUACCCUAAAAUGAGAGAGCUAUGCUUCGGUUUUACCAUCGUUCUAAAGGAGCCUAAACUAGAAGAGUAACCUGAGAUCGGGCCCAAUUUUAGCGGUUCUCAUACAUUCUCCCCAACGGCUACCGCUAAAAUUGGGCCUGAUACCUGUUUUCGGUUCGCCUUGCCCGCCGGAAUGUUAUUGCAAAGCGAAACGAAAAUUGAGCGUGAUCUCAAAGAACUGAUACUACAGGAAACAUGUAGAGGUGUCAGCUGGGAUAAGCCUCUGCCUGAAGACGUUCAGCCAAGGUGGGAACACUAGAAACUUGAUCUUUUGCGCCUCAAAGAGUUACAAACUUGAGAUGCCUCGAGCCGAAGACGACGAGUCAAAACAAGACCUAUGAGUUACAUAAUUUCGAAGACCAACAGAAGGCCAGAAGAUGGAAGAUCUACCCGAAGAUAGAGUGGAAUCUACCCGACCUUUUACAUACUGUGGAAUGGACUGCCUUGAGCCUUUCACCAUCAGGAAAGAAGAAAGGAACUGAAGAGAUACGCAGUGAUAUUUACUUCCAUGAGUUCUCGAGCAAUGCAGAGCAGUUGGAGGAAAUGACAAGCAAUGCCUUCAUCAAUGCCUUAAGAUGCUUCAUAGUAACUUCUCAAACUAAUAAUUCAUAGAGAAAGUAUAAAGGAAAUCAACGUUUAAUGAGCGUUUGGAAAUCAAAUGAAAAACUGCUCAUUUUUGCAUCAUUAAUUUCUCCUUCUAAAAUCAUUUUGUUUGAGAAGUAAUAUCAAGCAUUCGACACAGUGUUUCAUCACGGAUGAAACACCUUGAAGUUCGUCAAAAAUACUCCGCUGCGCGUCGUACUUUCAACUCUCUUCUCAGUGUUUCAUCUGGUGAUGAAACACUGCGUCUCAUGCUUGAUAUAUUACUCAAGGACCCAUCCAACAGCUAAGGUCCGACCAAGGCUCGAACUUUGUAGGAGCAAAGAAUGAACUCGCACACGCCAUGAAGGAGUUGGACAGUUGGACAGUUGGAUCCAAUCAUAUUUGACGACCAAUCGCUGCGAAUCCGUUAUGAAUGUCCCUUAUUCCAGUCACUGGGGAGGAGUAUGAGAAGAACAGAUGCAUUCGUUCAUCCGGACAAUCAUACUCAACCGACUUCUGUUCUCAACGAUUAUAAAGGAAGAAUCGAUACGUCCUCACAGUCAUUGCACACCUUCUUGUAUGAAGUCAUGGCUAUAGUCAACGGCCGACCAUUGACCUAUCAAUGUCUGAAUGAUCCAAAGAGUUAGAGCCUCUAACUCCAAAUCAUCUACUCACCAUGAAGAACAAGACACUUCUUCCACCUCCGGGAAAUUUCGUCAAGGAAGAAGUUUACGUUCAGAAACGAUGGCGAAAGGUUCAGUUUCUGGCAGAACAAUUUUGGAGUAGGUGGUGAAAGGAUUACCUCCUCAGCGUGAAUCCGAGACAAAAAUGGUUUCGGCCAAAGAGAAAUCUGAAAAUCGGCAACAUCGUAAUCGUUCAAGAAGUUCUACGGAACAAGUGGCCUCUUGGCAAGAUCAUGCCGAUUGGAGACUUCAACAGAUCAACAAGGUUUUUUUCGUUCUGUGAAGAUAAAGCAUGGAUCCUCAAAAAAAGGGAUAUGACACAAAUUCUUAUAUCAUCAAAAUACCAGUGCAAAGAGUGGUCCUCAUGUUGGAAGGCGUGGUCUAAGACAAGUUCCAAUGGCAAUGUUUGAUGUGCACAGUGAAAUUAUUCAGGAUUUAACAUUACGUCCCCUUUUAGAAUCAUAAAUAAUUUAGUGGGAGUGUAGCUACUGCGAUUAUCCACAAGUUAAUCCACUUAUUUUUCAUCCAAAAUUUGAUGAUGUUUUGUUUUCUUCACGAGUGCGCUAAAGCAAUUUCUAGAUUUAACUAAAAAGUUCUUUCUAAAGCAAGCUAGGUUACACGCGAGAGCGCCACACAAUACGGUCACUAAAAGGUGAAGUUUUUUAUUUGCGGAUAGUUGAUGCAAGUUUCUGUAAACUCUGAUCUCAAGAAACAAGGUUUCCUUGUUCUAGUGAUUUUUAAAGACAUCACGAAGGUAACUAUUUACGCUUCAUUUCUUUAUUUAAGUAAGCACUUUGUAAUUUCAUCCUUUAAGACCAAUUUUAUUGUUCAUUGAAUUAUAAAAUCAAGAUUUCAGAUUGGAUGAAGUGUGUAUCUUCUGUAAUUUCACGAUCUUAUUUGUGCGUCAACUGUCACAAAUCCACUUCCUUUUUUCUACUUUUCCCGUAUUUUUUGUAAUUAUUGUGUAGCAAAUAAAAUAAAAUGAAUAAAUAAAUUAAAAAAGUGCUAAAAAAAGGGAGUACUCAAGUAAUGUCUUCAAAUUCUGGAGAGCAAGAGAAUUUUAGUGCAAACAGGGAACCCAAGAACCCCCAGCGUGGGCUAAGGAGCUUUUUCAACAAGUGGAAAUAUUAGAGAAGCUUAAAAAUAUUCCACAAGGGAGGCAAGGUAGGAAAGAAAGUGGGGAGUCUAGCCAGGGCCCCCGAGCAUGUUUUAAGUGUGGUAGUCUGAUUCAUUUUAUUCCUGACUGCCCACAUCAAGUGCGUCCCGACCAGGGAAACGGAAGAUGGGCGGGGCACAGUCGGAAGUGACCCCGCCCGAAAAUCGAGAGGGGGUAAUUGGCCUUGUGAAGUCUAUGGUAUCAACUCUCAAGCCUUAUUGGACACAGGCACAGAAGCAACAAUUAUCGGCGAGGACUUAUACUAUCAAGGUAACACACGUAAGCAGACUCGACCCCACACAAAAGCCUGUUUUGGGGACCAACAAAAUGCCACUUAACGUUGUUGGAGAAACAGGGGUGACAAUUCAGCUGGCGGAAUCAGAGCUCAGCGUAAGGUGCUGGUGUGUCGUGGAUUACCACAGCAAUUGUUAAUUGGUGUAGAUUUUCUAACUGCCCACAAAUGCAUCAUUAACGUUGACACUAACACUGUCUACAGUAAGGGGGACCUAGCCUGUGAAAAUGCUCUCUGUUUGGGGAAAGGGUGAAAAAGUCGCGAGGAGACAAACAUUUGGGACCGCUAUUCCGCCCUCUAGUCUUGUAAUUGCCGAUCAUCUGUCAGCAAGAUUGUUAUCUGUCACUUGGAUACAUUGGAAUGUAAUCAAUUUCACGUGUAAAAGGGGGGUCGGUAGGCAACACACAUACUUUUACCUCGUGCCAAAAUGCUGAUUUUUCCAGUGGGUUUUUUCUCUGGCGGGUAGAUUAUGCUCUGGAGGGUCUAGUUUUAACUGAGAAAAUGUGACUUUUGCCGCUUUUUUCAUACUGAGAUGUGGUGACACGCAUAUGGAUUUUAUGCAGUUAUUUUUUCUGGUCGGCGUGAUUUGCCCUCUGAUGCAAGAACAUUCGCUGUAGUUAAAAAAAGCUCAUAAGUCAACCACCAGAAGACGCCAUGUUUAAGUUCAGAAGACCUGUUUACAAGGCAUUAUUUAAAUGUAGUCAAUGUAAAUCGACCCUGCUAACAGUCAUCCUCGGAGACCCAGGGGCAGUCAGUCGGGUCGGGAGGAAGGGCGCGACGAAAGUUUUCAAGUACGGGCGAAAGAGCCCCUGGGUACCGACUCUAACCGAGCUAUUUCCAAACAUUCAAGCGGAUGCCGGCUCCUGAUUGGACACAAAAAAUGCUUUGUAUUAUUGUGCCAAAUCGGCGAAGAGUUUCUCCUGAGUUCUUUUCGUGAGUUCGUACACGACGGCUAUUGUCUUGCCACACUUGCCCGGUUCGUUCACCAAGGUUGUGCGAGCAAGGGAAACUUUUAUUUUCUACUUUCCUAACCACAAACGAAGGAACUAGCGAUGAGUCAAAAUAACGUUUGGGAUGCUAUCAGCAGGAGCAGUUCAAUUUGCCCCGAGAAUAUUCUGUUUUUGAUUCAUCACAAUGUAUCGUAGAUAAUAGGAAGAUAAAGAUGGGGCGGCCGCGAGAAAGUCAAAUAAGCAAUACCUUGACAAGGCAAAACAACAACUUUGCACGUGCAUCACACUUUUUUGUACAUUUCUUUGCCGUCAACUGCACGACUACCCGUGAAAAUGCCUAAUUUCAUGUAUUGUGAAGGAGGUAAACAAACAAUGACAAAAUUCAUUCUCUUCAUGGACUUGGAUAUGUUGAUAGAAAUUCAGCUCCAGAAGAGUUCGCUUGCAUUUGCAAAGUAAGCGUGAUGGAAUAAUCACGAUAGAAACUGAAAAAAUGUGAAUUCCCUUUUCCAUGCGACGUUUUCGUGAUUGUCAGCCAUCAUGGUAGCUUUUAAAAAUUCCCUAAUAUUUAUGCAAGACAUGACCGAUGCAAGCUUGAAUACCUGUUGUAAGCACAAGCUUGUAUUUUUGGAAAAGCGUCUUUAGUUUUCGGGUAGACAGUAUUUUGAAAUCAGAUGGGGAUUUUAUAUCAAACUGAAAGUUUCCUGACUGCCGGCAUUUCUUUGGUGCAUGAGCCAGACAAGCCGUGAUCGAAACAAUAGCCGUCAUGUACGAGCUCACAAAAAGAACUCAGGAGAAACUGUUCGCCGAUUGGGCACAAUAAUACAAAGCAUUUUUUGUGCUCAAUCAGGAGCCGGCAUCCGCUUGAAUUUUGGAAAUAGCUCGGUGGUACCCAGGGGCUCUUUCGCCCGUACUUGAAAACUUUCGUCGCGCCCUUUCUCUGGACUGACUGCCCCUGGGUAUCCGAGGAUGGCUAACAGUCAGUGUUCCCGCCAAUAGGAGCUUGCAUCAGGAUCUGAUGCACAGCGGGUGCCGUGGAACGACGGUUGCAAAUGUUUGACUACAGGCUCUCACCCUUUCCCUUCCUACUCCUCGCGAUUUUUCACCCUUUCCUCAAACAGAGCUUGUUCACAGGCUAGGGGGGGACUUAGCAAGAGGGUCUUCGGAGACCUUGAUAGAGUGCACAGGAUGACUGUGGCUGACACUGUUAUGUUAUUUCCAGAUAUGUUCGCGGACAUACCCUGUGAGGUCCAGGGGAUGAAUGUCCUAGCGGAAUUUAUGGGUUUGCUAGAACCAAGUGAUAAAUUCUCAGAAAGAUAUUCUGCUGGGGCCUUUCGGACCGCAGUGUCAGUAAAAGAAGGCCACAUCCCAGUUCGUGUAUUUAACUGCCUUAUCAAGCCCCUCAAAAUUUACAGAUACAGCAGUAUAGGAGAUCUCUGCCCAUUGGUCAGCGAGGAGGAAUCAUUCGAAGAAACAAGUGUGGGUGUGGGCUACAAGGUGGUACCCUCUAGGGCUCCCGCGGAAGAUGGUGAGGUUGAGUUGGAAGCUAAACAUUGUGGGGUCAUUUUUGUCGAGGGCGUUGACAGUGGACGUUUCCGUUGGAAGAGAUGUUCCCUACUAAUUUGGUUUCAGACGAGGAAAAACUUAGGCAUUAUGAGGUGUUGUCCACUUAUGCUGACUGCAUUUCAAAGGGGCCGUGGGAAGGGAGUGAAACAUACCAUCAACACAGGCUCUGUCCAGCCAAUCCAGGUACCCCCUCGAAAAGUCCUCUUUCCCGAAAGGCAGGAGGUGCGUCUCCAAGUGGAUGAAAUGCUUGAAGCACAAAUUAUAGAGCCGUCUGAUUCCCCUUGGUCGUCUCCGGUGGUUUUAGUGACUAAACCUGAUGGCACUCAACGUUUCUGUGUGGACUACCGUGCUCUUAACUCAGUGACCAAGAGAGAUCUGUACCCUUUUCCAUGUUUUCCUUUUCUCAUCUCGACCUCCUUAGAGGUUAUUGGAAGAUCAAUGCAGUAGAGCAAGAUCGCAAACUGAGUUUCGGCCUUACCAAUGCACCUGCGUGUUUUAUGAGGGCUAUGCAUCUUAUCUUGAAGGGUUUUUGCUGGUCAGACUGUCUAGUGUAUCUAGAUGACAUUAUUAUCUUUGGCCGUAUACUGGACAGUGAUGCCAAUGACAGUGGGCUAGGGGUGGCGUUGUCUCAGGUUCAAAGUGGGAUGGAACAUGUAAUAGAAUAUGCUGUACGAGCACUCUCAAAGGCUAAGAGGAAUUAUAGCACCACCUGGAAGGAACUAUUGGCCCUUGCGUGGGCAACGGAGCACUUCAAGACAUUCCUCUAUGUUCAACAUUUUCUGGCCACGACUGACCAUAGUGCUUUGCAAUGGCUAAGGAACUUUAAGAAUCCUAGAUGCCAGGUGACCAGGUGGCCAGGUGGCUUGAAUGACUUAGUGACUUUGAUUUUGAGGUGGAACAUCGUCCGGGUCAGUUGCAUGCCAAUGCAGAUGGACUGUCCAGUCUUCCCUGAGAUGAGGAUGCAUCAGAUAAGGAUAGGAGAAAUGCUACCCUGAUUCAGUCUGUGAAUAUGGAACAGGGACAGUUUACGUGCGACUCAGAACCAGGAUCCUGUCCUUUCACAAGUUGUGAGUUGGCUUAAAACUGGUGUCAAACCCCUAGAGGUGACGUGGAUGGAGGGGGGAGCAAACUGCUAUCGUACUGGUCACAUUGGCGAAGGCUGUUUUUGAAGUUUGGUGUAUAGAGGUUGGGAACAUGAAGUGUCACGCCAAGAUUGUAUCAACAAAUCUGCAUACCUGAGAGUCUUGUGCCACAAGUUUUGUCCCUUGCACGAUGAUCCUUCAGCAGGCCACCUUGGCGUGUCAAAGACUCUAGAAAACGUCCGUAGAAGACUUUACUGGCAAGGCAUGCAGGAGGAUGUAACGAAUCACAUUAGGACAUGCGGCCUAUGUGCUGAAGUUAACAACCCAUCCAAACAGCCUCAGGGGCCUCUUAUCAACAUUAAGGCCCAUCACCCUUAACAAAGGGUCGCAAUAGACAUUGUGGGUCCCAAACCGAGAUCUACUUAAGGUCAUGAGUGGUUGCUGGUGGUCUUCAAUCAUUUUACUAAGUUUGCUGAAGCUUUCCCAGUAAGAAGCAUCUCGGCUGUUACACUGGCGGAGAAAGUGAUGGAUGAGUACAUACGUCGGAUCAGUUGUUUCAAGGGUUUACAUUCUGAUCAGGGAGCUAAUGUGGAUUGAGUUGUCUUAAAGGACUGUGCGGGUUGAUUGAUGCAGCGAAAACAAGGACAACACCUUACCAUCCUCAAGUGGAUGGGCAGUUGGAGAGACUGAACAAAUCUCUGGUGAAGAUCCUGUCUAAGCUGAUUUCUGAUCAUCGCUGUGACUGGCUGCAUUUUGUGCCAAAAGCGGUUCUUGCUUACAACACCAGUGUGCGCGAAUCGACUCUAUUAACCCCUUACCGCCUAAUGUUCGGCAGGGAAGCUAUUUUGCCAUCGGAUGCUAUCCUGAGGUUCGAAACGGCACCUCCGCAAGGGUCGGUGCAGAAAUAUCCCAAAUAUGUUGUUCUGCAAAAACAGCAGUUAAAGGAGACAGAGCAACUAGCGAGGCAGAACCUCAAGCCAGUGCAGAAAUUUCAAAAGCUUAUUACAAACAACAAGUGCCAUGGUCAAAGGUUCCUUGUAGGAGACAGGGUGUGGUAUAAAAACAGAGCCAUGACGAGAAGAAGGAAAUUUUUCAAGCCCUGGUGUGGUCCUUGGAGGGUUGUGAAGGCCCUGUUUGAUGUUACUCAUUGCAUUGAGGAGGAAGCCAGGAAAAUGUCGCUAGAGGAAGGUGGUCCACCUCAAUUAUUUGAAACCAUGCUUUACGCCACUUGAAACUCAAGAGAAACCCUCCCGGGAAGCAACUCCGAUGCAUGUGGAAGAAACACCUCCUGUGGAAACCUUGAGAGCUGUGCGGCAACCGAGUCAAGGGACCUCAGCUGACUCUGGAGACGUUGAAUUGGAAUGGCUGGAAAACACUCCUACUACCGGCAGAAGAGCUUUCUCAUCCCCCUCAUGAGCGUGAAGAGAGUGGUGCACUAAGCUCGUCUGUCUCAGCCAGUCUUCUCUAGCAAGUAAUGAAGCAUCUCGUGAACUGUGUCAGACUCCAGUGAGACCGAGACAUGAAUAAAGACAGCCUGUCUGGCUCCGAGACUACAGUAUCGCUCAAAAGUAAGUUACCAGUCGCGUCUCGUUUCCUGCGUGACGAGAAUCGCGUCGCACGCUACGUGAUUAUCAUCGCGCGCUACGAGAAUCGUGUAGAAUCAUUGAAGAGGCAAUCUUUGGCACAAAUUAUUGACGACACAUCCAGCGAGAAACCAACCUAAAAUUUACCCAAGCGUUACCUCGAAGACUGAGGAAAACUAGCAUUAGACUUGGGGUUAAGUUUCUUUCAAGAAGAUUUUUUUUAGCUUCUCAUCAGCACCCUGUUUAGUUUUCGACUUUAUUUGCGAUUGACAUUUGACACUACACUUCAUCAUGACAUUUCGUUCGCGAAAACGUGAAAACCGCUUCCACUUUCCUUGAUUUUUUGAAAUUAUAGGCAAACCAACGUGAGAAGAACCAAAUAUACUACAAAUCGCUAGAGAUGAGUUUCUCCAAAAAAAUUUGUCAGCUCUUUUGAUGUGUGUAGUUAUCGGUCACGAGUAGCGGCAACUUUUGCCGACGAAAUCCAACACCGGAGGUACUCUUGGGAAUUCUUUGUGGGGCUGUGCCGCCCGGUUCUCCGAAUCCUGACCUUAUUUCAGAACAAAAAAUGUAAUUUUCCACACCCGCUUUCAGACCAGGCCCCAGUUGUUCAAAAGCUGGAUAGCGCUAUCCAGCGGAUAAAACACUAUCCAGUGGAUAGGGCAAUUGGUUUCCCUAAUACUUAUCCACGGGAUAGUAAUUUAUCUGGUGGAUAGCGCUAUCCAACUUUUGAACAACCGGUGCCAGACCUCUAAAAUCCAUACCCGUUUUCGGAGCCUGGCCUUUAGGCAUAAAUUAUUUUAUCAUUACGUAGAUUAGAGCGCCAACAAAAAAAAAUUCAAAUCCAUUUUGAAUUCGCAUGUUUCUCUUUGUUUCUUACUCAUUUGCAAUUGAAUCGAUAAAUACGUUCAUACACUCCCAUAGUUCCCUCAAAAUCCAAACCCGAUUCCAGACCAAAAUGGGCAAAGUGUAUACCGGUUUUCAGACCAAAACGGCGCAAAAACCCUAACUGAUGGGGUGGCACAUACUUAUAUAACUUAUAUAAGGGAGUAGCCCCCGGAUCCAACAUCGGUAAAAAUUCAAAUACGCAUGACAGUCACUCGGUGUACGAUCACGACAUAAUGUUAGCUCAAUAGAUUGGUUCAUUAUAGCUUUUUUUUACACUUGAUUUAUGAAAGAAAGUUGUCUUCAAUUUAACAAAUUACAGCGGCCAAAUAAGACAACAGUACGGUGGCCCAGAAGGGUCACACGUGCAAAUUAAAAAUUGUACAUGCAAACUAAAAAUUGUGCUGCAAAUUGAAAAUAGAAAACAUAUCGAUGCAAAUUAAAAGUGAAAAGUCCUGCGCGCGCAGUAUGAGUGAUGAGGACCUGGUCCGAGCCGUGCGACCUGGCCUUACAGCCGUCGGCCCAUUCACGUUUCAUGUUUGUAAUAUUUUUAGUUUGCAUGUACAAUUUUUAAUUUGCAUGUCCUAUUUUUAAUUUGCAGGUAAAAUUUUUAGUUUGCAGCAACAUUUUCAAUUUCCAUGUGUGACCCUUCUGGGCCACCGUACAACAGUACAUUUGCUGAACAGCAUUUUGUUGCGUGACAACAAAUCUCAAAUUUGCAUAGUGUCAAAACGUUUAAUUUGAAACCUACUUCCCAGGUAAUGUAUUUGCCAACUUGAAAAGAUACGCUUUUCGGCAAUUCGAUAAGCUCACUGGCUUAAACUUUAAAGCAGUUCCAUGAAAAAAAUUUCAGGAAGGGUGCCGCACACCCCCACCCAAUUUUUCUGGAAGUACCCCCGCGGGAAUUUUCACCCGUAAUUUGUAUACAAAUAGGGGGUCAUUGUGCCAGGCGUUCCUUGCGGAGACUGUGGAAACUGGGACUAAGAUCGUUGCGUGAUCAAAGCCACGCACGUUUUGCGAAUAAAGCUUAGGAAAGAUUAAAUUUAGAGCUUUUCCGAAACGUGUCGGUCCACGAAUUCUAUCGCUUGAAAGUGUUGAUUACUUUGGAACAGCUGAACACUACUGAGUGGUCGAAAAAAAAGGAUCUUAAUUAGCAAAAUUGCGAUGGUUGGGUGUUGUAAACUUUCAUUGUAUACAAAUGGUUCUUGUGAUGAGCAUGCGAUUUAUUUUAGGCGAUGAUUGAAAUGACGUUCUGUGUAAAUCACUUUUUUGAUAUCUGGCAAUGACGUAAUUUGUCUGGAAUCGAGGCCCUUGAAUUUUCGAGUAUUAAUUUUAUACACGCGUAUAGCCUGCGAUCGCAGAAAAAUUUCUGGUCGUCGCUAACACGCCUACUAAAUCAAUUCAAAGACAAAUAAAAAGUAUCGAGGUCGAUAAAGCAGGAAGUAAGAAACCUUAAGCGAGUAAAUCAUGUUUCUUGUCGAAUUAAUCGCCUCCUUAUUUCUUGAUCUAAUCUCCAAGCAGGUGAGACUGAAUGCUGCUGUAAACGCGUUCUUGGGUUAGAAGUUCUUACUUGUACCUCUGACCUUACGAGGCAGGGAGCAGUGUAACGUGGGGCAUAUGCCCGAGUUAGGUGGGACAUGCGUAGUAUUGCUGACUUUAAACUCGUGUCCCUCGUGUAACUCGUGCGCUAGUUUAGUAAAGUGAAUCGAAUGCUAGUUGUGUUGUUACUUGUUGCACAUUGAUAAUAUUUUCGUUUUCAUUAAGUACCGGUACAUGUAAUGGAAAUACAUAUUUUUAAACAAUAAUACGGUGUGCGUGCCCUAUACUAUGUAAAACCAGUAUUUCAUUGUACCACUUUGUUUCUGAACGAAACAGAAAAGUUGUAAUUGAACAGACGAUUUCUUAGUACUGUAUUUUUGUGAAGCGAAUUUAAGUUAGAGAAUAUUUACUUUGGAGUAAAUGUUUGCAGGAAAAAUGUUUGCGGUAGUUUUUAUUUGCGGGAACUUAUUUUUGCGGAAGCUGGAAAAAUCGCAAAAAUCAGAACCCGCAAAAAUUUCGUGCCACACGGUAUGCCGACAUCUCAAACGUUUUCAUACCUGCAGGAAAAUAAAUAACAUUUUCUUAAAGUUCCACCAAUCGUUAUAAAGGAUGCCAAAAUCACAGAAAUUGGUUAGAUCGUUCUUACUGAAAACCCCAUUCAAAAACAUAACCAACACACAUAUAAAUAGGUUCGGGCCUCCUUAUUAAACAGAUUCAAGAUUCUAUUCAUUGGCAAAUCUUGGACAUUAUGGAGAAUUUUUAAUUCCAUUUUACAGUAUAAGAUCAAGCAUGAUGAAACAUGUCAGUCAAGCUUGUAAAGUUGACUGUGCUGUUGGGUGAACCCUUACUGUGAAAUUAUGCUUGUAAACAAGGACUAUUAUUUAAGCCACUGGCUAGGGUAACCCUAGCAACCUCCCUCCUCGUAAACAGGCCCAAAGGCAGGUACAGCACUAGCUGUAUUAGCUGGCUACUUGUUAAUUUCACGCAACAAAUCCUUCCUGGAAUGUGAAGCCAUGGCAAUACAAGUCUAUGUGAAUCAGUGAUGAACAGCCAACAGCAUCUUGGGAACGAGGCCAAUGUAAUUUUGUAUGGAAAUAUCAGCGCCAUUCCCAGGCUGGAAGCCUGGGUAUGAUGUAAUAUUGUUAAUGAUGUCAACUUUAUUAGAACACUGUAAACUGCCGCUUAUAAGCCCUUGGCUUAUAUAUCUUUGUAAAGGGUUUUAGGAGGGCUUAUAAACGGAGGGGCUUAUGACUGAACUAGAAAAAGCUCUUCAAAAAGCUAUGACAGUAUUGAUCCAAAUACAGCUGUGAGUUUUGCAUUUUUAAGUAGGCUUCAAAAUGUCAUAAUAGAUCGAAUUCAUUUUCACAUAAGCUAGAGGGAAGCUUACACUUUAAAUACCCAGGGGGCUUAUAAAAAGAUUAUUUUUGUUUACACGUAGAUGGGCCUAUAACUGGGAGGCUUAUAGGCAGUCUAUGGUAUAUUCAAUGUCAGUCACUUUACAGUUGGCAGUCUGCUGUCUGCAAUGAGCAGACUACCAGUGUCAUGCACCAACCAAAACUCAAAGAAACACAGGUAAUACUAAUAGUGGUUACAACAAUUAUUCUUACAGAAACUACAACCACACAAAGAAUAUACUACAUUGUACUUAUCCACUAAAUUAUUGCAAUGUAUUUUUAAUUAUCACUGAAUAUUAUACAAAUGCACCGUAGAUAACAUUUGAUGCGUUGUUUAUGAUGUGGGUCAAAAUUAAAAUCAGGUUAACAUUUUUUAACCUAGGUUGAUUCUCAGUUUCCUUUGUCUCCUAGCCCGAAUUACUGGGCUGCCUAUGGUACGUCCAGUGUUUCUUUCAGUUUUCGGUCGUCUGUGAAGGAAAACGAACACCUGAGUUGGGGGGGAAGACACGAGGUCUGGGAAAGGGAAAUGAUGUUCUCACAAAUUGCUUCAUACGAUUUUCUCCUGCACAAAUAUUUUUUGUACGUCAAAAUUUCAAAGCCCUAAAAUGCGAUUUUCAGCGUUCUGUGGACUAAUUUGGGGACAAAAGGGCGUGUUUUUCAUUCAAGAAAAAGUAACUUUCAGUUUAUCAGUCACACAAUCAAUUCCUACAAGCAAUGAGCAAAUGAUGAAAACUAAUUUACGUACUUUUGCAGGUAAACAAAUUCUGCGUAUAACUAUAAAGAAACUUGAGAAAAAAUGACUGAAAUAAAGCAUUCACAUGUCUAAAGCAUGACGUAAAACCAGUGGGCCUUUAUGAAAACACGUCAUAAUUACGUUUUGAUUCAGAUUUUACGAUAUAUUUUUUGUUUACAACGUUAUUCAAACUAGUUGGUUCUUCUUUCUAGAAAAAAAAAGUACUCGCCCUCUAUUAACAAAGUAGCCGACGUGUUUCGUCAGCCGUCGUUGCUUAUUGAAACCUCUGCAAUUCAUAUUAGUAUUGCGGUAAAAAAUGUUUUAUCGAUCAUAUUUUGAUCUAUUUACAUUGUUUAAAGUGUGUCCUAAUGAAAUCAACAUCCGAGUGAGAAACCUUUAAACUCUUUUAGGUUGCACAAUGCAAAGUUGAAGAAAAAUAACAAAAGAAAAAUCUUAGAACUGAAUAUUCUUAUCUUGUGGAAAGAAAAAUAAUGCGUUUUCAGGUAGACUGUACACUGCAAAUUAGGAUAGUCUAUUUAAAGUCUCAUUGCAAUUAAUGAGGCCCGUGGAUCGGGAUCAAUGGGCAGUUGGCUGUCUGUUUUAGUAAACUCUUCGUUUUCAUACUAUAGAUUAAUUUCUGUCUGGUGUACAAUGUAGGUCUCUAUGACAGCCCAGCAAGUCACCUGUCAGUGAGUCUAGUUAUUUAUGAGUUACAGCUGGGAGAAUCAACCUAGGUUUAAAAAAAUUAAACCUGAAUUUAAUUUUGACCUGUAACAUGUACAUGGAAUACCAGUAAUAACAAAGAAGGACAUGAACAAUUUCCUUACCGUUUACUGUUAUGUCUUGCAUCAAAUCCUACAACAACUCCUCUUUCUUGUAAGUCUGGAAAAAGUUUUUCUAAAUAUCGACAAAGCCCCUGUUUGUAAUAAAUAUAAUUCAAUUCAAUUUUAUUAUUCACACUUUAUAAAAUAUUUACAUUAUAUAUAGUAAGGUAGGAAUACAAUAAUAAAGGAGAAGAAGAAGGAAAAAAAAAAGAAAAUUAAUGGCUUGGGUAGAAGUGUACGGUGGUCACGCAUUUGGUCAUAGAAGAGUAGAAACAACAUCAAUCAAAAGAAAAGUAACAUGAAAAGUAAGAUGAGGAGAAGGGCUCACACUGAAGAAAUCAAUAAAUUAGGCAAGCAGCUCACACAGUUUGCUUGCCCGGAGUCACGUCAUGCUUGUCUUAGUUAAUGAUGUUGUCAGAGCAUGACUUGCCUCGACCCUUGCCCAUUGGGCAAGUAAGGUUUAAAAGCCAUUUGCCUAGCAAGAAAAUCUGCUUGUCCCAAACUACCAGCCGAUGGGACCUUUUUUUAAUAGUAACAGACCAAUGAAAUAGCUCAACCGUAAGUCACUGUAAACAUUGAAAAUAUGUACUUCAUCACUUAAUUAAGCCAGUAAUAGAGGUUAUGCUGCCGCUGGAAAAUUUAUAGUUGGUGAAAAAAAAGAAUUCAUUAAUUAACAAUGCUCUUUUUCUACCCGUAAAAUAGGAUUAUAGAGAUCCAUUGACAUAUACCAAUGCACUAAUUAAUCAAGAGAUAAUAUUUCAAUUGACCUUCAUAUCAAUCCUUUACAAAACUUAAAAAAAAAUGUUACAUACUAUAAAGUUCUACACUGUAAACAGAAACAAGAUUGGCAUCUCUCAAUUUUUUUUUAAUGGCUCACACCCCAAAGACCUGUUACCACUAAUGAAAACAACAACAUCAAAGAUAGUCUUUUUUAUUGUACCCCUAACAAGAUAAUAUUAUAGUUAAUUUAAAAGCAGCCCAAAAGAACUACUAUUAUGCUUAACUACACUAUCCAGUGAAAGCAUGAUAUCAUUAUAUAACUUCAUUAGUCCUGUCGCAUUACUGUCACAGGUCAUGAAGCAACUCAUGCAAAUCAUUGCCAACCAACAGACAGUAACCUUGGUACCAACUACUUUCUUCAAUAAGUUUGAAAACAAUAACAUACUUAACAUUGGAAAGUGGACAGAAGAUAGUUAAGACUUAUGAUGGUCAGCAUUAGCUUUCUGCAGCAAAGGUCAUGACGUAGCAAAUAAAAAAAUGGCAAAAUUGUACAUGUACAAUGAUAAUUUCACUGACCUUACACGAGGUUUUGAAACAAUUGAAUAGACUAAAUUUUUGACUAUUUGUGGUCUUUUUUUGUUGCACACUCCUUAGUUUUACUGUUGAAAGGGACGUGUAUUUGUAAUGGGUACAUGCAUGGUUCACCCACUCAUUAUUUUACAUCUUGUAUUUCAUAUUAUUAUAAAGGAAAUAAAGGGAGAUGUAAAGAAUCAACCAUAAGAGGACACAGAAAAAAUCUGAGCCCCAGAUGGGAUUCGAACCCACGACCCUCCAUGUUCUAGAUCGCAUGCUCUGACCUCUAAGCUACUGAGGACUCGUUGGCAAGCAAGGGUCAUUUUUGUGGGUUGGACUUGCGAACCGCAUCUCGCAGUCACACAGUCCAUCACAAGCAACACAUUAAGGCUUAACUGUAUCACACAGUCACAUUAAUAGUAAGAAAUGUCUCACUCAUGAGUGAGACAUUUCUCAUUUCUUUCUAUUAAAAACAGAAAAAGCCAAAUUAGUUUCCUUUUGAAUUUCCUGUUUAAAAUUCUACCAGUGCAGAACCUUUUUUAUGUAAAACGCAUUGUUUUGUUGAAUUUUUAGUUAGAUCCACCUAACCCUAUUUAUAUACGUAACAAAAACGUCAAAAUCUUCAAAAUUUACCAAAAUUAUUGAAAUGACGUUCAGUUUAAUUCUAGCCUAAGAAAAAAGGAAAAUAUUUUUCGUUUUUCAUUUUAUUUGCAAAAAAAUACCAAAAAAGGAAAAAACAAAAAUCUGCUUCCAUUUUCCGUUUUUCAUUUUAUGCACAAGAUUUGACUUCUGGUCACUCAUUAUCCCACUUACGUAUGGAUAAAUGAGGUGUUGCUCAGAGCUGGCCCAGAACACCCCUGGCACACCCUCAGGACACCCCUGAAGAACUCCCUGACGGGCAAGAACCCCCGGAACAUCCUUAAUUACAAAAAUUAGGCAAAAUAAUUACAAACCAAGAAAUACCCUAAAAUAUCAUCAAUGAAUCAAUAACUGAUAUGUUUUAUCUGUAACGUAGAUCAGCCAUUGUCUGAAAUAUUGCUGAGAGAGCCAUCAAGAGGGAAAAAAUAAACCAAAAAUAAAAUGUGUUUUAAAUAAAUAGCUUCUACAAUGCUGUACUGUCUACUGUGUAUAACUUAUAAAAUUUGCCGACCUAUUUUGAUUCUUGCCUGUUUUCUUCUUUUAUUUUGAUAUUUUGUCUUUGAUCAAAAGAGAAAAUAUGUUUGGUUUUAUUGUUCCAUGUUGAUUUUCCAGCUAAUGUUCAUGGGUUUUUCUUUUGGGCAGGUAGAAUAUAGAUUGCAUGGAGAAUUCUUUGUCCUUUAGGGGUUUCCCAGGAGGGGGCACUGUCUCUUAUUUGGCCUUGCAUGACGGGUAUGUAGCCCUGAGCAGAGCAUGGUUUUAGGGGUUUUGGACCAGAAUCCUUCAAAAGAUUUAUUGGUAUAUGAAUGAGUGACCCGGCCUUGAUUAUGGCUGACCAUCCACUAUUGAAACUGUGACAAAAACAUCAUUUGAGAAGUCAAGCGCUGUAAAUUUUGAAAAAACCAAGACUAGCUGGAAAUCUAAAGUGAAACACUAAUAAAAGCUAAAAAUAUUUUUACUUUUAAUCAGACAAAAUACCAAAAUCAAAGAAAACAAGACAAAAAUCAAAAUAAGUGAAUUUUAUUAAAGUGAUACUCCUCGAACACAAUAAACUACAAAUUGGGUAAAAGAUAUUUAGUGACAAUGUUAUAAAUCCUACAUGGGCCCUUCGCUUGGUUCUAAUUUAACUCUUCUAUUUUAUUUGGUUGAUUUUUUUUUCUUGACUUCAGUUGUAGCUCUUUCAAGUAUAUUUCAGACAAAAAGGCUAGUAAGUAAUCGUAUAAAGGCAACAGGCUACUUUCUUAAAAUCUUGAGAAGUCACAAAGUAGUGUGAAUUCAUCAAUCUGAUCCAAUCUCCAUUUCCCAGUAACAGAUAAAACAAACAUAUUCAGUUAUUGAUUAAUUGAUGAUAUUUCAGGGUAUUUUUUGGUUUGUAAUUUUUUGCCUAAUUUUUGUAAUUAAGGGUGCUCUGGGGGGUUCCAGCCCGUCAGGGAGUUGUUCGGGGUGUGUUCCUGGUUUUACAGACACCCUACAACAACAAAUUAACAUGAUUAAAGUGUCGCAAACACAUAAACAACACCGUUCCCAACCCAUGUUCUUACAAUGAUUGUGAAAUAGUUGUCUCUGUUCCUACUUGUCUCAGUGGAACAGCAACUUAACCACCCUGUCAUUGGCAAAGUAUUAUUUCCGAUCGAUGAUGCGCCCAAAUUGUAAAUUGGUUGCCUGAUGUGAUCCACUGUGAGGCAUCACUAGUACUGUAUUUUAUCCACACGCCAAUGGUAUACUGGCCUACGCUCUGAACAACACCUCAUUUAUCCAUACAAAAAGGUGAUAACGAGUGACCAGAAGUCAAUUCUUGUGCAUACAACGAAAAACGGAAAAUGGAAGUAGACUUUCAUUUUAUGUAUUUUCUUGUGAAUAAAAUGUUUUUUGUAUUUUUUUUUUGCGCAUAAAAUGAAAAACGGAAAACAGAGGUAGAUUUUUGUUUUUCGCAUUUUUGUAUUACUUCUUUAAUAAAAUGAAUAACAAAAAAAGAAGAUGGCUCCUUUUUUUUUCUUAGGCUAGAAUGAAACUGAAAGUCAACUCUACAAUUCUGGUAAGUUUUGAAGAUUUUGACGUUUUUCUUACGUAUGUAAAUAGGGAUAACUGGUUCUGACUAAAAAUUCAAUAAAAUGAUGCAUUUUACAUAAAUCACGGUUCUGCACUGGUAGAAUUUUAAACAGGAAAAGGAAACUAAGACUGUGAUUUGGCUUUUUCUGUUUUUGAAUAUAAAAUAGAAAAUGUAAAAUAUUGAGAGGACGAACCGUGCACUGGCCUUAAUGAUGUUCCCCAGAUAACGGACAUAACAUUACAUUGACAAACAAUGGGAACUCAUUAAAAAGCCGGAUGAAUGUCUUCGUAGGAGGCUAACAUUAUCGCUGCUUACCUCAGUACAUUCAUCCAAAAGAAAGGAAUUAAGCAUACAGGCAAUCUAGUCGAUAAACAACCAGUUCAGAAUGUUGCCAAGUUUACAAGUUUUUGCGUGAUACAAUUUUAAAAACAUUCAAACAUGAUACUGUAAAUUUUUCUAUUUCUUUAACAAAAGUACAAACCUGGGUAGCUUGGAUGAUAGUCAGAUCAUUAAUCCUGUUGAAACCUGCUCCCAUUUUUGAUCUUAAACCUUAAAAAAAUGACAACAAAUAAAAUAAAGUACCAUGUUACUGUCAAAAGAAUUCUCUUUCAUACACCUUGACAAUAAUUCAUAUUUUAGAGCAAACACCAGGGAUAAUAAAUUAAAGUAAAGUGACGGUUCUAAACUAGUCAAGUUUUCAUGUAAUUAUAUAAUUCCCAACAAGGCAACAAAGCUAAGAAGUGAAGCUGGCUCGGCAACAGAAUUCUUAAUGCUGCGCACUGUUUUGGAAAAUUUUUGAACUUCUGCAUAACCCUCCUUUUUUGCCCGUAUUUAGGUGUGAGUAAUACCCAAUAUUUGGGCAGUGACAUCAACUUCUUGCAUUUACAUUUUACUCCUUAUGGUUCAAGGCUAGGUAAUCCAGUGUGCUACUGUAGGUUGUGGACUAUGGAUUGCGUUUGUUGAGUUGUUGCUGAGGACCUAACAGGUGAGCAAAGUUACGAUUUCUUGUUUGAAAGGGCUCUUAGGGCCCUGUUUUCCUUCAUAAAUUGCGUUUAAAGGAGCAGCUGAUAAAGGAAUAGGGUUGUAUGCUCAAAUUUUAUCAGAACCAGAGUGUUCUUCACAACUCGAUUUAGAUUUAGAAUGCAACAAAUUCGCCGACCUUUUGUUUUAGAGACAAUCUAUAUGCCUUUCAAGAGACCCUUUGUCCUGUGAUAUGCACUAACUCAUUAGAUCGUUGUAUCUUAUUCAAAUUUACAUUUUUAUACCUCUUAUACAUACUUUUCCCAAUUCUUGCACUUUUCACACACAAACUUUACACCAAUUUUUUUUUUUGUAUGCAUAACUCCACACGGAAUAUUUUUGUUAUCCCUAAUGAUGCCAUUGAUCAGUGCACAUUUAGAAUUUAAUUUGUACAUGUAUCUUUGAUUAAGGCCUCGCUCGAAAAAUAUUUUACGUUCUAACGUUUACAGUUUUUAUGCAGUGGAGUUUACCUUCUCAAACUCAUUAAUAAUUCAUUAAGAAAAUACAAAGGAUUUAAUGAAAAACAUAAGAGCAAAAUUUUUGUUCAAACAUUUGACACAGUGUUUCAUCACCAGAUGAAACACCUCGAAGUUCGUCAAAAAUAUCAAAACUCUCUUUUUCAUCUGGAAUGAAAUUAUAGUAAAAUUUGAUAUAUUACAUGAAACAUAAGAGCAAAAUUGUUCCUAAGUUUAAGUUGGGUAAAAUUUAAGUUGUUGGGUAAAAUUUAAUACCCAUCCUUAUCUAUAGAAAAAUCAACUUUAAACCUCUAAAAGUAUAUAACAAUUUGGAAAGAAUAAUUAGGCACAUUCCACAAAAGAUAAACAAAUUCACCUCAUUGAAACUUGCCAGAAGGUACCACUAGUUUUAGUUUAAUUUUAAUUUUUUUUAAAGAAUCAACCAAUAAUGUUACCUGCAGUACCAAACGACAAUGAUCUCAUCAUUGCUUCUCUCAGCUCAGCAAAUUGGCAUACUUUUAAAAGUUGAUUUACUUCUGCAAUAGUUGCUGGAUACUGCCAAAGAAAUAACAACUGAUUACAUGUAGGUAUUUUUUCGUUUCAUUAAAAGCUGACAAAAAGGUUGGCAUUCUUAUUAUUAACUGUGUUACAUCAAUCACCCUGGUCUUCUGAUCUCGACAAUCCAAAUAGAUUGAUUCUUAAGUGUGCUAAAUUAAAGGGAUCCAUGCAAGAACAUCCCCUUGAUAAUCUGGUAAAUCUGGAAAGUGCUGCAAAGUUACAAAAUUAUGCAAUUUGGUUGCUCCUUUAGUACAGAAACAUUGUUGCAAACAUUUUCUCAUUGGAUUGUGUACCAUUUCCAAGAAAUUACAUCUACAAAAAAACACCAUUCUAACAUUGUAAUAACAGGCCCACUCCCCCUCUCCCCAAGGGAAAAGACAACCCCCUCUCUCCUGGACAAUUCCGUCCUUUGUUGAUUAAGGUCAAAGGUAUUAAUAUGGAUAGCGUACUAUGCGUGUUUUUUAAUUUGACGAAAUGUACAUGAUCAAAUGAGGUUUUUAAUUAGGUUGGGUUAGGCUUCAUCUAAAAAAGAGUAGUAUAAGACUUGGCGGUACAAGCAGACUUUGCUUAUUUUUGGUUGAUAAUUAUUGCCCCCAUAUCUUGGAACUUAUUAUAUACUGUUUUCAUAAUAUAGAAUUUAGAUUGUUAAAAGGGAUAGUAUAGGAUUUGGUGGUACAAGCACACUUUUGCGUUUAUUCAUACUGCGCCAACUCUUGGAUAUUUCUAUAUGUUUUUAAAAAUUAUUUUCUUAUAUAAAUAUAAUUAUAUAGAAUGUAUUGUGAUAUAAUUCAUGAUGAAUAUAAAAAAGAAUAUAGUGAAUGUCCAUUUUGAAAUGAAAAAUUAAAAGCAAAAACAAGCAAAAAUAUAGACUGUUCUGAGCAACCAAACUUAAUGACUGUCAUAUUGUAUGUACCAAUUGUGGCACUGUAAAUGGUUACUUAACAGCCAAUGAGUUUGUGGAUUUUCAUGAAAAUAGGCAUAGAAUGAGAAGGAAAUCGAUCUAUCACCUGAAAUAUCACCUGAAAUAUUCUAAGCCGUCUUUGCACGAUUGCGACAUGAAACUUCCUAAUUUCACCUUCCUGCUUUAUGGAGUACGGUAGGUGAACAAAACACAAAAAUUUUCUUUUUCUUUUUCUAAACUUUGAUACAGACCUUUCAGUUUCAACUCCAGAAAAUUUGGUCAACAUUUGACAAAUUGAGUGAAACCGAAUAGGAUUGAUGGAGUUUGAAACAGUGCAGGGUUGUCACUAAGGGCUGGGGGAUUUUCCCCAGCUACUCGGAGCAUGUGUCAAGUAAAACUCUCCGUUCAGGAAAUGUCGGUUUCAACCGUUGUGUUGGCUUUGUGUUGAACAUGUCGAAAAAGCGACAAAGGAAUCUGGACUCUUUUCUUCACCGUCAGCCAAGCAUCCAGUUUAUCAAAUUCAAGGUAUAAAGAUCUCAAUGUUUGCGUUUCAGGGUCCAUUAAAUUACUAUAAAAUUAAUGGAGGGUCAUUCAGAUUCUUUUUUCACCCUUCUCUGGCUGGUCUCGGGCACAACGUAGGUGGAAGUUAAACCGUACAUUUUUUGGGUAAAUGAAGAAAAUAUUCCAUUCAUCCAGACGAAGAUUUGCACUUUGUGAUCAAAUAAAUUUUGACAAUCAAAAGUCGACUAAACUACUAAAAACUACAGCAAAUAAAGUUUAUAAAAAGCCAUAGUUUCAUUCCACUUGAUGAAACAUGAGUUGGUUGCCUAGCACAUGACAAGUUUUUCCCUUGUGAGAGCGUGACUUUGCAUGGACUCUUCCUUUACAUGUUAUGUAAAUUUCUUUUUCAAUUAUUGCAAAGACGAACAGUACAGCGUAAUUUCAGACUAGAAGCAUCCCAUAGUAUUUUUCUCGUGACACCAACAAACCAAAAAAUCUGGUGUAAAAAAUGCUUCCGACAUAGAGAAUCUAUUGAUGCAAUAUGAUACAUAAGUUUUGUACGUACACGGAAAACUCAAAAGCAUUGUUAAUAAAAGCGAUAAUCAUGCACAAUACAUAAUCUUACAACAAAGCAUUUUUUUACCUUCGAGGGUCCAUUAUUUUACCGCGGUGAACAGGCGAACUAUGCGGCUUACAACUAUAGUCGUCAAUAAUCGUUUCUCAGACAAGUUCACAGGAACUUUUUGUAGGAUAAUUUUUUCGUUCCUUGGUUUCUGCUAUUUAUUUUGUUAUUGUUUGUAGUCAGUGUUCAUUAAACUGCAUAAAGAAAAAGUUUAUCCAGAUAGCUCAUUUAACCACUGCAUGUUUUAACAUUCAAGAUAAAAAUGCACCUGCCAAACAACAAUUUAGAAAAUGUAAGUCAUAAAUAUCAUUUCCAAACACUAGAAAAGAGGUUCAAGAGCAUGAUGAGGUGCAGGCAAAGCGACCCUGCUGUGAAAUCCCUUCCCAGCUCACUGGUGAUGUUACCCAUGAUGCUGUUGAUGCCUCAUUUCCAGCAGAAUCUGAGAGGCAGACUAAAGAUGGGAACAGCCAUGCAAGCAGCGCCUUUUCCGAUGAUACCAUAAGGUGCGCAGAUAACAUGUUUACAUCUAAGUACCAUCAGCGUGAACUCUGUAAAAGGGCUGGUUGUUGUAAUGUUACCAACAAUGAAGUGACAAAGAUUGCAAAGCAGUCUUAAAAUUUCAAAAUAGUUGGCUAAACAAAAGAUCAAUGUCAUUUUGUGUUACAACUGAGAUGUGGUGGCCUGUUUAUGUUGAAGGCGAGGGUCUGUUCUACUUACUGUGCAAAAAGCAUGACACGUCUAACCCUCAAAAUGAGACGAAAGUUUUUAACAAGGAGCCCUGUAAAUGA